CGGCGGCUCCUGGUUGUGAGAACAUCUUCACUUCAUUCCUGCCGUGCGAGCAAUUAGGUGAUGGGUCGUUUGUUGCCCAUCUCCUCCACGGCGUUUGUUUCUCUGCUAGCCACGUGCUGCUUCUCGGUAUGCCGUGCUCCACACAUGAUGUUCGUGAUCGACCCCCCCCGUCUCUUCUGUGCGAGUAGUUGGUCGGCGGGGAGUGUGCGCGGACAGGCAAUUGACGUGAUGUGUUUAUUUUUAAUUCUGUCCAACGGUCUGUCCACCGAUUCAUGAUCGAUCACCGUUAAGCGGUCGCCAUGCGGCAGCUAAUCGUCCGUUGAUCGAUAGCCGGAUCAUCGCUAAUCAGUUGUUCGUCUUCAGAUCGGUCGGAGGGUUUUGCGGUUGGCAAUCGACAGCGACGACCAUCAACUACCGCCCAAUCUGUGUCGCCGAUUCUUGCCCCGCCGCCACGUCAUCAUGGCCACCGCGGCGUAGCUACCGGACAAGGAUAACCGUUUUCGAGGGAUGAAUCAAUUCAUCGGGAGCUAUCACAGCUACUAUCACGGUCGCGUUGUUCGCGCUCCGUGGCGGAUGCGGCUUGGGUCUUCGGUCAUCCAUUGAGUUAGAGCGCAGCUCUCUGCACGAGAAGCGUCGAUCUCCUCCGCUCUGCUCUGAUUGUGCGAGAACCGUCGGUCUGCUCCGCUCUGCUCUGGUCUGGCUUUGGCUCGGAAGGCGCACUCGGACGAGCAGAUAGUUUUCGUUGUUGUCGUCACACUAGUGCUACCGGCGGCCGGGAGUCUUCGAGAUGGGGAAGACAAAGACCUCGGGUAAGGGUCGGUUAGACAAGUAUUACCACCUCGCCAAGGAACAAGGUUAUCGAUCGAGAGCGGCGUUCAAGCUGGUGCAGCUGAAUCGGAAGUACCAGUUUCUAGAGAAAUCGAGGACAUUGCUUGAUCUGUGCGCAGCGCCAGGAGGAUGGCUUCAGGUGGCGGUGAAGUACAUGCCGAUGUCGAGCCUGAUCAUCGGCGUCGAUCUCUUUCCGAUUAAGCCGAUCAGAGGGUGUGUGACAUUCACGGAGGACAUCACGACGCCCAAGUGUCGCACCGUUGUGAAGAAGGAACUCAAAGGGAACUUGCUCGACGUCGUCUUGCACGAUGGAGCCCCUAAUGUUGGAGGAACGUGGGCCAAGGACUCCUAUUCGCAGGCUGCACUCACCUUGGACUCUCUCAAACUCGCCACCGAUUUCCUCGCACCCGGCGGCUUAUUUAUCACCAAGGUGUUCAGGUCUCGCGAUUACAAUGCCCUUCUUUAUGCGUUUAAUCAGCUAUUUGACAAAGUGGAAUCAACAAAGCCAAUGGCAAGUAGAAACACAUCCGCAGAAAUUUAUGUCGUCUGUCGUGGUUUCAAGGCCCCGAAGAAGAUUGACCCGCGGCUUCUGGAUCCUCGGGUGCUUUUUGAGGAUGUCUCAGAACCAGCCAAGCCUAUCGAUGUCCUACAUGAUAGUAAGCGGAAGCGGCAUCGUGAUGGAUAUGAAGAGGGUGCCUCUGUCUUGUUCAAAUCUGGCACGGCUGCAGCAUUUAUGUCUUCAGACAAGCCAGCAGAAUUCCUGGGAACCUUCAAUGUCAUCACGUUCACAGACCCCGAAAGUGUGCCGCUGAAAACUCAUUCUGCAACAAAUGAUGAGAUACUUGCCCUUUGCGAAGAUCUUAGGGUCCUUGGUAAGGGCGAGUUCAAACGGCUACUCAAAUGGAGGACGGCAGUGAAGAAGGACACAGAAGCCAAAAAGGAUGACGAGAAGGUGACAAAGGAGGAGGCACCAAAGCUGACAGAAGAGGAACAUGAGAUCGUUGUAUUGAAGGAGAUGGAGGAAAUGAAGGAGCUUAUGGACACGAAGAAACGGAAGGCAAAGAAGAAACUGGCAAAGCAGCGCCAAAAGGAACGUCUACGAGCGGCACUGCGAGGGAAUGCGGAUGCAACGGACGAUCUCUACGGCGAAACUGGCUUGUUUUCUCUGUCUGCCAUUAAGAGCAACAGAGAGCUCAAAGAGGUGGAGGAAGUCGACACUAUUGAUGAUGAAGACUGGGAUGCAAGCGAUGCAGACGAAGAUGAGGAUGUGCAGCAAAAGGAAAGUGAGAGUGACGACGAUGGAUAUGAUUCAGAUGGACAGAAGCGCAAAUACCAGGCGGAGCUGGAGGACUACUUUGACCGUGCGUACAGAGAAUACAUGGAGACAAUGGGUAAAAGUGCAAAGAGGAAGCGAAGGGCACGGUUGCAAGAUGAAGAUGCAGAACUGCCUGAGGGAAAUGACGAGGAGGACCAGGAUGGCGGUGUGAAUGUGAAGACCCCUGAAGAAAGGCGAAAAUUGGAGGAUCUGCUGCGUGAUGGCGAAGAUGAUGAAAGGGACGCAAACCCUCUCUUGGUUCCACUAGUUGAGAAAGAGAAGAAAACUAAGCUUGAGGUAACCAAGACUUGGUUUGAACAGGAUGUCUUCGAAGGAUUUGAGAAAAUAGGUGACGACGAGGACGACAAUGGCGACAGAGGCACUGGCAACCAGCUGGCGGCAAGACCGAAAAGCAUGCCGAAGCUUAGCAACACUCCUGCAGCAUACAGUGCCAAGCCAAAUGCGAAGGAGGAGGCGGGUGGACGGCAGAAACCUGAACCGGAAGGAGGUAGAACAGUUCUAGUUGCCAAGAAAUCCAGUGCUGAGGCAAAUGGUCACUCUUUAACGAGCUCCGUCAAACCGGCCGAAGAAGAAGGGUUUGAAGUUGUUCCAAUGGAGCAAGAUGACAGUGACAGUGAUAGCACUGACUCAUCUGAUGAUGAGAUGGAUUACGACAGUGAUGAAAAGGCAGAGAUACUUGCCUAUGCGAAGAAAAUGCUCAGGAAGAAGCAGAGGGAGGAGAUAAUCGAUUCAGCUUACAACCGAUACACUUUUAAUGAUGAUAAUUUACCACAAUGGUUCGCUAAUGAUGAGCGAAAACACAUGAAGCCUUUGCCAGUGGUGACCAAAGAAGAAGUCGAAGCUGCAAGAGCUGAGAACAAAGCUAUUGAUGCAAGGCCCGUGAAGAAAGUGGCAGAGGCAAAGGCACGGAAGCGACGCCGGAUUCAGAAGAAAUUGGAAGCAGUGCGACAGCGGGCAAAUGCAAUUGCGAACCAGGAAGAUCUGAAUUCUCGUUCGAAGAACAAGAUGAUUGACAAGCUGUACAAGAAGGUUCAGACGAGGCCACCAAAGAAGGAGGUGGUGGUUGUGAGGGGCAAAAGUGGCAAAAUAGGAGCAAACGCAGGCAAGGGAAAACUGCGGGUUGACAAGCGCAUGCUCAAAGAUAAGCGACAGCGAGGAACGGGUAAGAUUCGGGGGAGAGGCAAAGGACCCGUGAAAACAAGGAACAGCGCAAAGGGAGGAGGGAAAGGUAGUAAAGGAGGGAAAGAAAGAAGAUAGCAUAGAGAUAUUAAAUAGGGCAAAAUACUAAAUAGACAGGUUUCAUGUUAGGAUGCUGCCAAGCGGUAUUCGAAAAUAUUAAUGACGUGAGGAUGGUUCCAAAACGAUAGGUGUCCAGUCGAUGGCUCUCAGCUGCCAGAGAAUGGAGGAGGGGAGGAUAGGGACGAGACAUGGCGGGAGGAUGAUGGGGACGAGAUAAGGCGGGAGUAGGGCGGCAGGCGGCACUGGUCCUGCCAAGGUCGACAAUGGAUUUUUUGAUAUGGCAUUGGAACAUGGUGGCAAUUGCAGAGUGUUCACGAGGUCACAAAUGGAGUGUUGCAGGUGGCACCACAUGCAUGGCAGCAAUUGCGGGUCCAGUGUGGGCUGCAGAGUCAGUUCUGUAUAGUACGAUUUUGCAAGAGGGACAGCUAUUCUUGUUUCUUUCACUGGCGCUCACAGAAGUUGGACCUUCUGUCCAGCUUGGGACAGUAGGCACUCUCCUGGAACAAUCACCAAGGUAGGACUGUUGCACUCUUGACUUUUUGAAAUGCUCAAUUUUGGCGAGAAUGAACGUUUCACCCAGUC